CAGAACGGUCAUCCGAUCAUCCAAGACAUAGAAAACCGCCAUGGCACUGGAUAUCGCUUCGAAGCCAACAUUGGCGAGUUACAACAUCCGCCCAGAUGCCUUUGAUCCGAAGCGACCCAUGGGCCCCAAUGCCCUGCAGACGGCGAAGGACCGCGAUGAGGCCAUGUUGGCGGUCGUGGACCGUCAGGCGGAGGUGGCCGACGGCAAGAUCAAGAGCCGGGACUACCGCGGGGCCAUCACAUUGCUGCGCCGCACCUACAAUCUGGCCUUGGCACACCGCACAGCAGCACCGCCCAACGAGACACCUCUGGUGGUGACGGUGGCCGCCAGCUGUGUCCAGGUGCAGCUUUGCUGUGCCUUGUCGCGAAUCGGGCGGCAUGGCCCAGCCCUGCAAGAGGCCAUUCGCGCGAAGGAGUCGCUGGAUGACGUGUGGGCGACCCUGACGGGCGCUGCUUGGGACAUGGCAGAAGCAGAGUCCAGCGGCGACAUGAGGAAACCGCAUCCGGCGCUACGAUCACACAUCGUAAAUCCUCCAUGCUGGCUGGAGCGCGCCAUUUGCUGCGGCAUCCAAUCGAGACUUUGCAUUGCCAUGGAGAUGGAGUUCCUUUUGAGCAAGGAGGAGAUGCAGAGCCAACACUCACAGCUGCUUUGGUCACUGCGCAGUGCCAGCCACACCACCAGUCAAGUCACCAUCGCCACUGCCACAAGCAUGGUGGGCUUCCCAAGUGGCGGCCUUCCAAGCGAAGAUGAUGUGGAGGGUGAGGAGAUAGAAGCACUGGAGGGAGAGCAGGAAGAGCUGCCGCCCUCUUUCUCUGAAAUGCAGCAGAUCCAUCAGCUUUACUCUGAAGCAUUGGAGUUGGCCUCGCAGCUCUUGCCCAAUGGCCAUGCCGUGGCGUUGGAUGCCCAAAACGCCCAGCGCUGCGCCAUGAAGCGCUGGGAGGAAGUGAGCGAAGCGUCCUGUCCCGCGACCGAGACGGUGGAGACGGAGACAGUGAGCCAGGAGGCCGUGGACCACCAGUCCCGACGCGACGAACAUGCGAAAGCACUGAGCACCUCGACCGGGGAGGCGGAGCACGCGGAGGUUGCACCGGCGCCAGCUACGCCGUCCACACCCACCGUGCAGUGGCUACCAGAACUACCCUCGAAGUUCCUGAAGGGUCGGCAACGCCCGAAACCUUUGAGCGGUUUUCCACAUCGAAGCGUCACGAUGCCUGCCCUGCAAAGCGCGCUCAGCCCACAGGAGCCGACCGUGGAGGCCGUAGCGGUACGGCGGAACACCGACUCGGUGAGUCAUGGAGACUGGGUGAAACGAGCCCCACCGGGAGAUGUCUUCUACCGAUCCCUGCCGUGGAGCUUUGGGAUCAAAUCUCCCAAGAAGGGCCGCAAGAAGAAGAAGGCGGAGAACAUUGGCAUCAGCUCCGAGCCCAGCGAAGCAGAUCCCUUCAAAGACUGGGCCAAGGAGUUUAUGCAUUUGGAGAACAUGACACUCUUCCAGCGGAAGCUUCGGACCCUGGACGGCUUGAGCUCACUGCACACGGACAUGAAGAUCGAGACAAAGCGCUUUAGGCAGUUCAUGCAAGACCUGGAGAUGUAUGGGGGUGAGGAACAGGAGCGUUUGGGCAACAAUCGAAUCCUCUUCAGCGAUGCAGGGAUGAAGGCGUUGAAGAUCGGCCAGCAGCGGAACGAGCAGCUGCGAAACAAGGCUUGGAAGACCUCAGCCUACGGGCAGAUGUUUAUGGCCCGAGAGAAGCAACUCUUCACCUAUUACGGCCUCAGUCGACAGUACGAGAAGGGCAUCGAUGUGAAAAGCCUCCGUCGACUCAUGGAGGAGUCCUACAACCGAACGCCGGGCGAAAAGCAACGGCGGAAGCAGGAGGAAGAGCAAAAGAGAAGGCAAGAGCAGGAGGAGGCGGAACGGCAAAAAAGCGAGUUGGCUGCGAUAGGCUUCCGCAAGAAGAAGAAGCAGGUGACGCAACGUGUGGCCUCACCACCGAAGCGCGCGGAGACCAUGAGAGUCUAACCGAGUCACACACCCCUACGGCGCAUGCAGCACUUGGUGGUGUGUGCCACUGCCGCGCGUGGUGCAGAUAUGCCAUGUGCCACAGAGAUGGCGGUGAAAACGGGGUGGGUGAGUUCGAUUUGAAUCUUCACUCCUUGACAUAUUUUUGGUAACGUGGAUGGUAUCGCAC